AAAUUUAUUGGACAGUACACUGCAUAGUUCGUUUGUUAAAUUUCAUUGAUAACUAGUGUUAAAGCGGAUCAACAUUGUCGUGUACAUUUUUAAAUUAAUUGGCAAACUAUGGCAACGGAAGCAUUGGAUCCCGCACAAGCUUUCAUGGCGAAGAUAUCUGACCGGUACAAGCCGUUGCAUGACAUAACUGCUCGUGGAACGUCCAGCGUGCAGCAGUUUUACUGCGGAGCUACCGUGUUCUUGACUGGAGGAUCUGGAUUUCUGGGCAAACACCUCAUUGAAAAACUUUUUAGAGCUACUAAAAUCGCAAAAAUAUAUGUGUUACUGCGAUCCAAGAAAGGUAAAUCUAUUGAGCAGAGGCUAGUGGAAAUGUUGAAAGAUCCUUUAUAUGACACUCUUUGGGAAGAUCAGCCAGAAUUUGUUGACAAAAUAGUUGCUGUGUCAGGAGACGUGUCGGAACUAAAGCUUGGCUUGAGUGACAAAGACUGGAACACCAUUACUGAUGAGGUGAAUAUAAUAUUCCAUUUGGCUGCUACGACAAGGUUUGACGAAUUACUUAAGAAAGCUACUUUUAUCAAUAUUCGUGGUACAAGAGAAAUACUUGCUUUAGGGAAAGCAAGUGAAAAAUUAAGGUCAUUUGUUUACGUAUCAACAGCUUUUUCUCAAGCCCGCGAUGAAUAUGUAAACGGUGAAAUAUUGGAAAAAUUCUAUACAACUCCAAUAGAUUCUAAAGUCAUGAUCGGUGUAGCUGAAUCUAUGGAUGAAGAGAGAAUAAACAACAUAACAACCAAUCUGAUAAAAGGUUGGCCUAACACGUAUACAUUCACAAAAGCGGUCGCUGAAGGGUUAGUUGACACGAUGGGCAAAGAUCUCCCGAUAUGUGUAGUCAGACCAGCAAUCGUGGCGUGCGCAAUACGAGAGCCAAACCCAGGGUGGAUAGAUUUAUCUUGCAUCUAUGGAGCCAGUGGAUAUUUGUACGCUGUUGGGUUAGGGGUGGCGCACACAGCUUAUGGUAAACAUACAAAUCAAGUGGAUUUCAUUCCCGUGGACUAUGUAAAUAACACCAUACUUGUUGCUGCAUGGGAAACAGCUCGGAAUAAAAGUCCAACACCGCAAAAAGAUGAAAUAAAGAUUUAUGCAAUCGCUUCGGCUGCUAAAAAUCCAAUAACUUGGAGUGGUGUUCAAGAAAUUUUAGCCAAUAAAGCAAGAUAUUAUCCAACGCCAAAAGCCGUAUCCUACACUUUUGCAUGGUGCACGUCUGUACGAUUACUAUACUGGAUCUACGCUUGGCUUCUUCAUCUCAUUCCUGCAUAUAUUGUGGAUACAAUACUUCUUCUCUUUGGAAAGAAAAGAAGAUUCGGAAAUUUAGCUCAAAAGAUGAGCAAAAUGACAAUAGUUUUAUCUCAUUUUUUAACACACCAGUGGAAAUUUGAUGACCGAAAUACAUCAGCGCUCUUUGACAGUUUGUCGAAAGAUGAUAGAGAGAUUUUUAAUUUUGAUGUGACAAACAUAGACUGGACUGAGUACAUAUUAACAUUGUGUCUAGGCCUGAGGAAGUACUUUGUAAAAGAUGGAUUAAGCGGUACCUUAUACGGACGCAAAAAGCAAAUGAUUUUAAAAAUCAUAACUUUUAUUGUAUUGCCUCUAUAUUUUUAUUGUCUGUUUAAGUUUGCAUAUUGUGUUAUUUACUACAUUUUCUGCUUGUUUUCCUUAUUCUUUAAAUAAAGG